CUUUUUGAGACAUGUAGUGUAGGUUUGUGAAUUUGAAGGAUAAUAAUUUACACAUUACCUGUUGAAUUUUACAAUAUCUUCUUUGUUAUAUUGACACGGGAGAAUUACGUUUCGAGAAUAACCUAUUGUUCCCGCCAUCUGUCGGCAACAUUGUUUACCAUGGAGGAAGUAACGCCGAACCAUCGCAUAUUUUUCAUUUAAUUCUUGAAAAUCAUUGUAUUGCAAUUAUGGCUACCAAGGGGAUGCAGAUAAUUAAGGCCAACACAUCCAUAGUCAGGGAUCAGGUGGUCAAAGGGCUGCCGUCAGAUACAGGUGCUGGGCCAAAACGUGUCACAUUUGAUGAGAGUCAGGUGCCCCGUAUUCCACACGAACCCACCAAGGCAGCAGUGGGGCAUAUCCAGAGAGGGACGUCUGGACAGUUAAUGACCAAAGGGACAGUGUCCAGUUCAGGGGGUACUGAGAUGAAACAGGGUAAAAAGGGGGACCACAGUAAUACUAAGAGGCCACAUCAGUAUAAUUUGGCACAGACUCCUACAUCUUUGGGUAGAUUUCAGAGAGAAAGUCAUGGAGGGGCCAGACAGAAGACUGACUUGUCAAAGCCAUCACCAUUGUUCUAUAUAGCCGACAAUGGCGAUGCCUCAGACUGCAGUAGUGUUUCCGACUCCCCUGAUCACAUUGGUGCUAAGCAACAAAAGACAAAGGUCAAAUAUCAGACAUCACUCACCGGAGGAGCUUCUGCACAAAUGAAAUCAGACUCCACCUCGUCCAUCACUGGUUUAAAACUUCGUCCUAUUAAUAUUGUGGAUCCUAUGCAUUCUAAACCCACUGAAGACACACAUGGGAAGACAGGUGCCAGUCAGUCUCUCCCAGAUAUGUCUCCAGAACACAUACAGCUGGGCAUUCCUAUGGGCUUCAAGCUUGGAGGUGCUCUGGACAUGUCAGAUCCUGGAGGAGAUUGCGUUGGACCUUUCUCCCCUAACACAAUCAAAACACAGCUGAGGUCACUGCUGGAGGAGAAAACUGUGCUCAGAUCUGAGCUGGACAAACAAGUGGAGGUGAAUUUGGAGUUGAAAAAAUUGUUGGUGGCUUCUCUUGGUGAUGACUUGCAAUACAGGAUGGAGAGGAUGGCCAGGGACAAGGCGUCCCUGGCACUGCAGGUGGGGGACUACUCUAAGAAGGUGACACAGGACACAGAGACACUGGAGAGUUUGUCCAUACAGGCAGACAUGUGGAGGAGCAAGUACAUGGCAAGCAGGGUAAUGGUGGAGGAGCUGGCAGAAUGGAAGGCCCACCUGUUCCUGCAGUACCGAGAGUCCCAGGCUGCUGUGCUCAAGUUGCUGGAGGAGAGGCAGGUGUUGAAGAUAAAGCUGAUGGACACAUACAAGAAUCUCAAGACAUUACAGGAUGGAUUUGACCCCAAGAAUGCCCACCAGACCCCCACACACCACGCCUUCAGCCUGAUGACCGUGGUCAAGACCAUUCAGCAGCUGGCCUACAAUGUCAAGUACAGACUGCUGGGGCCGCUGCCUGAUGACACCUCUGCUGAAACUGCCAGUAUCCAGGAUUUGACGGAGGCAGAGGAGUUUGCAAAUAAGGUGCUGUCUAAUACUACAAUUCCACAAGACGAGGAAGGCCUUCAGAAUCUCUGUGCGCCACCUGUGUACAGUGCUCCCAGGUCUCAGGUGAUUGGACGAUUUCAUCCCAGCACCAGAUUCGAGCAGUUGACCUUCUGUAGCUGCAAGCACUGUUCUGGGGAGAUACAAGUGGUGUAGGGAUACCACAGGACUUAAAACAUUAUAUAAAUGAAUUGGAUAAAUAGAUAAACUUGUUAAAUACCAACUAGUUAAGAUGCAAUACAAGGUGCUCUGCAUGGAUAAUGAAAUGUUUAGUGCAUAAAUUAUAUUCAGUGAUGCAACAUGUUCAGUAUUACAUAUAUAUCUCUUACAUUGAAGUGGUUGACAAAGUGCAGGAAAGGGCGACCAUAAAAUACACAUUAAGUUCUGAAUUUUAUACUUUUGGGAGGGGUGGGGUAUGAGUAGCAAUAUCGUUUAGGAUUCCAGAAAAUGUAAUACCGACAUCAAAAUGUUGAGUGUAAAAAAAAAAAAAAUUAUUUAUCUA